UAAUCAUGUCACAUUUUUCAUCUUUUAUUGUUAUUUUCUUUUGCAUUUCUUGCUCAAUAGUUACUUCUAAUGCUAUAAAUAGUGGUUUUAGUAUCGAGCUCAUUCAUCGUGAUUCUUAUAAAUCCCCACUUUACAAUCCUACACAAACUAAGUCACAACGUAUUUUCAAUGCUCUUCAUCGUUCUAUCAAUCGAGCAAACUAUAUGAAUAAAGAAUAUUCUCCUUUUAAAAAUAAAUUUGAGUCAUCUUUAUCCUAUAAUCCCGAAGGUGAUUAUUUCCUGAGUUAUUUGGUCGGUACCCCACCAUUUAAAGUAUAUGGUCUUCUUGAUACAGGUAGUAACUUCAUUUGGCUUCAAUGCAAGCCUUGUAAUAUAUGUUACAACCAAACCUCUCCCAUUUUCAAUCCUUCUAAAUCUUCAACUUACCAAAAUAUUUCAUGCUUUUCUAAAACAUGCAAAUCUCUCGAUUCUGUGGAAUCUACAUCUUGUUCUAAAGAUGACAAUGUGUGUGAAUAUGCAAUUGAAUAUGGCUAUGGUACAAAGUCACAAGGAGAUGUUAGUUUCGAGACUAUUACAUUAAAUUCCACUUCCGGAUCUAUUGUCUCAUUUCCGAAACUUACGAUAGGAUGUGGACACACUAAUAUUUUGUCGUGGGAGAAUAAAGGGCCAAGUUCUGGUAUAAUUGGCUUUGGAAAGGGGCCGACAUCCUUUAUAAAGCAAUUAGGAUCUUUAAUUGAUGAUAAGUUCUCCCAUUGCUUAAUUGACAAUGAGGAUUAUCAAAAUUCUAAUUUAUCUAGCAAGCUAAGUUUUGGAGCUGCUGCAAUAGUGUCGGGGGAUUUGGUUGUUUCAACUCCUAUGAUCAAAAUGGUAGGAAACAACCAAAAAGAUUAUUAUUAUUUAAAUUUAAAAGCAUUUAGUGUGGGAAAAAAAAGAAUAAAGUAUAGAGGAUUUAAAAACGAAGGAGUAAAUGCCUCUACGCAUAACAUCUUAGUUGAUAGUGGCUCACCUCUAACUAUAUUACCACGUAAUUUUUAUUAUAGAUUGGAAUCUGCGGUUAAAAAAGUUGUUAAACUAGAGCGAUUUCAAGAUGAUACUGAUGAAUAUAAACUCUGUUAUAAAACUACAUCCGAACAAUCAAACUUUCCUGUACUUACUAUGCAUUUUAGUGGCGCAGAUGUAAAGUUAUAUUCUAAUGGAGUCUUUCUGUCUUUGUCUGAGAGGGUUAAAUGUUUCGCUUUUUAUCCAAGUGAUUAUGGAUUAGGCCUGUUAGGAAACAAGGCAGUGAUGAACCAUUUGGUUGGAUAUGAUCUCAAAAACAAUAUUAUGUCGUUCAAACCUAUUGAUUGUUCUAAGUAUUGA